CUCAGGGCGACAUGAGGUUCACAGUUCAGCCCAGCAACAGAUCGGUGGCCGAAGGAUCGGUGGCCAUUCUAAACUGCACCGUGGCCAAACGAGUGGGCGAUGUCCAGUGGACCAAGGGUGGCUUUGGUCUCGGCGUGGACAGAACUUUGCCGGGAUUUGACAGAUAUACAGUGAUAGGCGUGGAACAGAAAGGAGUCAUAAGUAAGUGGUGUGAGUACAAUCUACAGAUUCAAGAUGUGUCAAUAGAUGACGAGGACUGGUACGAGUGCCAGGUGCUCGCAUCUGAGGACUAUCCACGAGGAUUAAGGAGUCAGCGAGCCUUUUUAUCUGUGAUUGUACCACCUGAGCGACCAUCCAUUACUGGAGCUCCAACCAUUCCAGUGGUCUUACAUACACCAACUAACAUCACGUGUAGGGCAGACAAAG